AUGACAGGGGACCUCCUCCAUGAUGAUUUUGUUGCAUCACUGGGGCGCUGUCCCAUCCUGUGGCAUGAAGACGUGUGUGUGUUCAAGUGUUCCGUGUCCCGAGAGACGGAGUGCAGCCGUGUGGGCAAGCAGUCCUUCAUCAUCACGCUGGGCUGCAACAGCGUCCUCAUCCAGUUCGCCACUCCCAAUGAUUUCUGUUCCUUCUACAACAUCCUAAAAACGUGCCGGGGCCACACGCUGGAGCGGUCGGUGUUCAGUGAGCGCACAGAGGAGUCCUCAGCCGUGCAGUACUUCCAGUUUUAUGGCUACCUGUCCCAGCAGCAGAACAUGAUGCAGGACUACGUGCGGACAGGGACCUACCAGCGAGCCAUCCUGCAGAACCACACCGACUUCAAGGACAAGAUCGUGCUCGAUGUCGGCUGUGGCUCUGGGAUCCUGUCGUUUUUCGCUGCCCAAGCUGGAGCCAGGAAAAUCUAUGCAGUGGAAGCCAGCACCAUGGCCCAGCACGCCGAGGUCCUGGUCAAGAGCAACAACCUGAUGGACCGCAUUGUGGUCAUCCCCGGCAAGGUGGAGGAGGUCUCGCUCCCUGAGCAGGUGGACAUUAUCAUCUCGGAGCCCAUGGGCUAUAUGCUCUUCAAUGAGCGCAUGCUUGAGAGCUACCUCCACGCCAAGAAGUACCUAAAGCCCAGUGGAAACAUGUUUCCCACCAUUGGUGACGUCCACCUGGCACCCUUCACGGAUGAACAGCUCUACAUGGAGCAGUUCACUAAGGCCAACUUCUGGUACCAGCCGUCCUUCCACGGGGUGGACCUGUCGGCUCUCCGGGGCGCUGCUGUGGACGAGUAUUUUCGGCAGCCUGUGGUGGACACAUUUGACAUCCGGAUUCUGAUGGCCAAGUCUGUCAAGUAUACAGUGAACUUCUUAGAAGCCAAAGAAGGAGAUUUGCACAGGAUAGAAAUCCCAUUCAAAUUCCACAUGCUGCACUCCGGGCUGGUCCACGGCCUGGCUUUCUGGUUCGAUGUCGCUUUCAUAGGCUCCAUAAUGACUGUGUGGCUAUCCACGGCCCCAACGGAGCCCCUGACCCACUGGUACCAGGUCCGGUGCCUCUUCCAGUCACCACUCUUCGCCAAGGCCGGGGACACGCUCUCAGGGACAUGUCUGCUCAUUGCCAACAAGAGACAGAGCUAUGACAUCAGUAUUGUGGCCCAGGUGGACCAGACGGGCUCCAAGUCCAGUAACUUGCUGGACCUGAAGAACCCCUUCUUCAGGUACACAGGCACCACGCCCUCGCCCCCACCGGGCUCACACUACACAUCGCCCUCGGAGAAUAUGUGGAACACAGGCAGCACCUACAACCUCAGCAGUGGCAUGGCUGUGGCUGGGAUGCCGACGGCCUAUGACCUGAGCAGUGUUAUUGCUGGUGGCUCCAGUGUGGGCCACAACAACCUGAUUCCCUUAGCCAACACAGGGAUUGUCAAUCACACCCACUCCCGGAUGGGCUCCAUAAUGAGCACAGGGAUUGUCCAAGGCUCCUCAGGUGCACAGGGUGGCGGCGGCGGCUCCAGCGCCCACUACGCGGCCAACAGCCAGUUCACCAUGGGCGGCCCGGCCAUCUCCAUGGCGUCCCCCAUGUCCAUCCCGACCAACACCAUGCACUACGGGAGCUAGGCGCUGUCCGCCUGCCGGCCGGACCACAGCACCAGGAAACCAAAUGAAGCCGCGCCGCCGCGGACAGAGGCGCCUUGACACCCGCCGGGCCCUCCGCUCCUGAACCUCGGACACUUUUUACCGGACGUUGCCGCUGCCCCCUCCCCGCCCCGGGCUGCGAGCGCCCUCACAGCCACACUUCACACGGGGAGCGUCGUCCCUCCUGCCCCGCUGCUCGCUGCUCGGAGCUCGGAGCUUGGUGCGGGGCAGGUGGGGGAGG